AAGAAUGUAUUCAGUCGGUGCCAGCGAACGCACCCUUAAAUCCGAGAUGGGACCUUUUCGCUUUCUCGCCAGCAUCUCAUCGUCUUCUUGCUCAUCAUCACGACUACCGUUCUUGCUGUUCUAGUGGAGUGGUGCUGUGUGUCUGCGAGAUAGUAUCAUAAUGUCGAUAUCAGAAGGCAGAGCAAAGUCGACUGUCCAUGUCUCUGGACUAGAUCCAUCAGUUACUGAAGAGUCACUGCAUUAUGCGUUUAUCCCAUUUGGCGACAUUAUCGACAUACAAUUCCCAAAACCAGCAAAGUCAAAAGAACCACACCGCGGCUACGCCUUUGUCGAGUUUGAAACCCCGCUCGACGCCGAGGCUGCGGUCGACAAUAUGAACUACGCACAGCUGAACGGACAUACGAUACACGUGUCGGCUGCGAAACCGCAAAAGGAAGGCUUCGAUAUCACGAGAUCCAAAGUCGCAGUUUGGAAUCAGGAGACGUGGAUGCAGGAGAACGUCGUGGACGAGGAAGAUCGGCGAGCGCUGCAAGAGUCGUCGGCACCGGACGUGGAUCCGAUGCAAAGCCUGGAAAACACGGCCGCUGGUCCUCAGCAGGAUUAAUAGACUUUCUGAAUGUUUCUGGAAAGCGCUGUGAUGCGUGUGCUUGGGUUUGGUGUAUGUACGAUAUAGUGGAGUGAUUAUGAAUAAGUAUUGUGUAGCUAUGUCCCAGGUUAAGCAGCUGACUGGACGCGCAAGUCAUCUCCCUGCGCUGGAUAUCGACCAUACUACAUAAGAUCAGUACAGAAGAAUCUGUGUGUCUACGCCGAGUUUCAGACAAACGUCAAAAAGAAGACUGCAGAUGACUAGAGACUACCUGUGACCGAGGAGCUUGUCGCACA